AGGGCUUGACAUUGGUGUGGAAAGAUGGCUGCUUCGGCGGCAACGGCGAGUUCUCCCCCCGGUUUGUGUCCAAAUUACGCCGUGAUUUGCUCAUUCCUUGAGCGCUACGGAGCGCUGUUGGACUUACCGGAGCUCACCUUCCCUCAGCUGGAGAGAUACCUGCAGGACACAUCUUCAGUUCCAAAGCUGCUGGUUGAUCUUCAUGUCAAGUUGCUGAGGAAGAUUGGGAAGUCGGUUUCUGCAGACAGAUGGGAGAAAUACCUCGUCAAGAUAUGCCAGGAGUUCAACAGCACCUGGGCAUGGGAACUGGAAGAGAAGGGAUACAAGGAGCUGUCCAUGGAGUGCAAGACGGGCAUACUGAAAUAUUUAUGCGAGAUCCAGUUUGACGAAAACGUGAAGUUUAAAACAGCCAUCAAUGACGAAGAUCCGGAGAAAAUGCGUCUGCAGCCGAUCGGCCGGGACAAGGACGGACAGAUGUACUGGUUUCAGCUGGACCAAGAUGACAAUGUGCGCGUUUACCUGGAGGAGCAGGACGACUUGGACGGGGGGUCGUGGAAGUGCAUCGUCAGGACCAGAAAUGACCUGGCGGAAGUUGUUGCCCUCCUAAAGACACAAAUCGACCCCGAGCUGCUUAAAAAAGACCUGGAGAAGCAAAGUAAAGCAGAAGGGGAGACGGACAAAGAUAAAGGCGACACUAAAAAGACUGAAGAUACAUCAGAUGAAGACCACAAAGAGAGAAAUGAAGAAACAAAAAACUCUGAGGUGAAACCAGAGGUCAGUCUGUCCCUAAACGGCGUUGUCGAAGCUAAACAGGAGCCAGAAAUCACCCCAGAAAACAUCAGCACAAAAGCUCAGAGCAUCAAAGCGGAGCCGGAGGAGCCGGCAGACUCUAAAGCCGCACUUAGCGAACCAGCGCCCCCCUGUGGAGCUGUGAAAGAAGAGGUAAAGAAGAGCGGCUUGGAGGAGAGCCAGCAUCCCACAAGAAACGACCAGCAGGCCAAAAUCCCCCUGAAGAAAAGGGGCAUGAAGUUCACUGAGGACUUUGAGAAACCCGGAACUGUAACGAUCCAAAACCCAUCGGUCCCAGAGUCGAGUCUAGAGCAGAAGAUUCCUAGAAGAAAUGAUCAGGUUAACGGUGAAGUUCUGCUGCAGGCAGAGAAAGAAGCUGAGGAGCAGCCUAAUACAGAUAAAUCCAAGGAAAACGUUCCUCCGGCUGCGGAUGAGGCGAAAUUACUGCAGGAUGACUCGACAAGAAGAGAAGAAAGUGAAGCACAGAAAUCUUCCCCGCAACCAGCGUCUGUAUUUAAAACCAGGGAGAAACCCUCCAAUCAGGAAGAGGCAGAAACAAAUGGAGCAUCUAAAUCUACAGAUGGUGGAGAUUCUUCUACAAUCAAACCAACCACAGAGAAAGAGGAUGAAAAAAUCAAGUUAGACAAGUUAAAUCAUGAAGUAAAGUCUGAAGAGUCGGAGGGAAAGUCAUCCUGUGUGGAGAUGGACACAUCUGAGUCGAACCAGAGAAAACAAUCAGCUAAUACAGAGACGGUGGUUAACAAGUCUGAUUCCUCUGAACCUAAAGGGAAGGAGGGAAACCUCGAAACAUCAGAGAGGGAGUCUAACGAGACAGAGCAUGAAGAAAAGGAGCCUACAGGGAAAGAUCCAGAACCCACAGAGGAUAAUGUGGAGAAAUCUACAGAGUCCAAAUCCACUACAUUACCAUGUGAUGAUGGCAAAACAGACAACCGGGUUAUUAAGGACAAAUCGGUGGAGAAAAAGGAGCCAAGUUGUGUCAAAAAAGACGAAUCUGAAUCAUGUCAGCUCAUCAAGCAGAGCGAGGAUGUCAAAGAGACGAGCUCAGAAAAGCCAGAAGGCUUAAAGAAGGAUUUAAACUGCAAAGACGGUACGAUAUGCGUUUCCACGCCGACUGAGGAAGAGCAAUCUGUCGAUAAACACAAUCUGACGAAGGCACAAGACGGUGAUGAAAGAGAGAAGGCUGAUCACAAGUCAGGCAGAGACUGUGAACAGACGGAGAAGCCGCCCAGUCCUGCUGAGAAGGAAAAACCCCUGAAGGAAACUGAAACGCAGGCCGAAAAGAAAGAAGAGGAGAAAGCGACGCCGUCCAAGGAUGACGCCAACGAUGAGAGCAAAAGCGACUCUCAAAAUAAAGGCGCUCUAAAUGACAAAGGGAAAGAAGGGGAUUCUUUAAUUGACGAGCCGGAAAAAAGUGAAAAAACUGUUCAAGAAGUUCAGAAACAAAACAAAACCUCAACGAACCACGAGGAGUCCAGGCCAACAAAUUCAAGCCCAGACUCCGAAUCCUCAAAAGAAGCGGAGGAAAAGCAAACCAAAGGAGCAGCAGACGAUGCACCUGCAGAGCAGGACUGUGAUAGGAAACACGACCGGGUGCAGAACGGUGGUAGCGCUCUGUCUCAAGGGGGCGCACGGCGAAGAAACAAGCCCCCUGUGCACCGGAGGAGAGCCGAGCUCCAGGCAGAGGAGCGUCAGGGAGACUCUGAGUCAGACACCAACACGGGGAGGUGUCUGAGGAGGUCGCCGAGGAUCUCCAGACCAACGCAGAAGGCCGUGGAGGUCCAGGAGAAAAAGGCAGAGAAGCCUCAGCCUGCUCCUCUGCCUCACAAGGAUGAAGAAGACGGAAAAGCAGAAGAGGAGGAGGAGGAGGAAGAAGAAGAGGUCAAAACUGUUCAAAGGAAACCCAAAGAGAAAAAGGCCGAUCAGGAGAACCAGUCCAAACCUAAAGGGAGAAAAAGACGGAGAACGCGGUGGUCCAACACGCGAACCCGCCGGAAAAAGAAAAGCUCCGACGACGAGCAUGAAAACAGCGAGGAGGAGGAGGAGAGCGAGGAGGAGGAGAGCGAGGAGGAAGACGACGACAGCGACGAAGACUACAAGGUGGAGCGAAACAGGAAAAGGAGGAACCGGAACAGACAAAGGCGGAACUCGGACUCUUCCACGUCUUCUGACGACGACCUACCUCCAAACGACGACCCCUGCAAACACUGUGGUCUUCCAAACCAUCCUGAGCUGAUCCUCCUGUGUGACUCAUGUGACAGCGGCUACCACACAGCCUGCCUCAGGCCUCCUCUCAUGAUCAUCCCAGACGGAGAAUGGUUCUGCCCGCCCUGCCAGCACAAGCAGCUCUGUGAAAAACUGGAGGAGCAACUCCAAAACCUGGAUGCUGCCUUGAAAAAGAAAGAACGGGCCGAGAGGAGGUGAGUCUCUCUCUGAUCACUGCGAAAACGGAUCAAAGAAGCAUGAAAAUAGAAUAAAAUACUUCAAAAUGUAAAAGACAUUUGGGACAACAUGAGAGAAGUUCAUGAAGAAACCUUGAUAAAAGGUAACAGUGAACAGAGACUGAUUUCAGAGAUUAAUUGGAAACAUUUGUCUUUUUUUUUUUUUUGCAGAUUCGAUGAGUUUGACGAAGCGAUCGAGGAAGCCAUUGAGGAAGACAUCAAAGAAGCAGAAGGUGGAGGAGCUGGUCGAGGUAAGGACAUGGCAAACAUCACGGGCCACAGGGGCAAGGACAUCUCAACCAUCCUCCAAGCAGAGGAAGGUAAAGAGAACGGCCGUCCACCGCGAGCCAACGCCGCUCAGCGCCGGAAGAAACGCCGGCGACUCAACGACCUGGACAGCGACACUACUGUGGACGAAGAGGAGAGCGAGGAGGAGUUUUGUCUCAGUGAAAGCUCUGAGGAAGAGUUUGUCGUUUCCGACAACGAGACGGAGCCAGAAACUGAUGCAGACUCGAAUGGCAGUGACUUCGGCAGCAACCGCGGCGGUAGGCGCCACGCUUCGGCAUUUAGCAGAAGGCCACAGAAGCGCAGGCAGAGCUCAAGAAAGAGGAGGAGACCGAAAUGGUACUCUGAUGAUGAAGAGGACGAGACGGAUGAUGAAGUGGAAGAGGAAAUAGAGACGGAGCGUUCGAGCGAUUACAGCGACAGCGAUCUGGACAUGAGUCGGCGGCGGUCUCGGCGGAGCCACAAGAAGGAAGUAAACUACCGCGAGACGUCGGAGUCCGAAGGUUCUCAGGCUGAAAGUAACCGGGCCAAAAUGAAGCCCAGACGGUUCCGGCAGAGCUCGGACAGCGACGCGAGUUUCUCCAGAGAUUCCGAAGAAUCGUCUAAGGAACCGAAGUUGAAGAGAAGAGUCGACUCCUCAGAAGAUGAUUCCCGGCAGCGACGCAGACGCUUGGCUCUAAAACGCAGGAGAGCGUCUGAAGAGGACGACUCGGACUCGGACGACUCUUCAGAGGAGGACCGGCCCGUUCGCAAGCGGGUAAACCGCAUCGACUCGGACGAUGAGGAGGAGGAGGAGCAGGCAGAAAAGCCUAAAGAGGAGGAGCCAAAGGGAACAAACUCGUCAGACCGCCGCCCAACAGAGCCUCAAUCAGCGAAUGGACAGAGCACCACAAAGAACUCUGACGGCCCCGGCAGCCGCCCUGCCGUCGCCGACGCUCCGGGUCUCAUUCCACAACCGGACACGCUUAAAACUGUUGUUUCCACGGCAGCCGUUGUCGCCGCCCCGAACGGACUGGUGGGGCAGGAAGCGGCGGCGCAGGAAGACGACGAGGACGACCUGUUGGGAGUCACAGACUUGGUGGACUACGUCUGCAGUAACGAACAAUUGUAAAAAGUAAAAAAAAAUGGUGUACCGUUUUUUUUUUUUGUGGUAUUGUAUUUUUAUAUUGCUUAACUUUAUUAUUCCCUUUCCCUGUUUUUGUUUAUUUCCACGUGGA